AUGGCGAACCCUAACCCCGUGACUCCCAUCCCUCGAAACAACACAGGCUCGCCAGCUUCCACCAUCUCCCACCCCUCAAGUUCUACCUCCAUCACCCCAUCGAGUGCCAACCUCGACCGCUUCCUCCAACAAGCUGAGCACGACGACGGCACGCUGCACGGCCGCGCGUCGAACCGCACAUACCGCCCUUUUCCAGACAUCCAUAUCCCGUCUUACGAGGCCAGGGCCGCCGCCGCCAUUGCAGCUUGCGAUGCGGUGCUGGGCUGUCACUUCUCGGCCCCCUUCCAAAUUGAGAAGUGCCAAGAGUCCAUGGCCAAUCAUACCCGGAAACGCUCGAUGGCAGAUGAGGGUCGGACCGAUCCCGUGAGCUCCACCAAGGGCUGGAAAGUGGGGUCACUUGGCAAGGCAUCCGACAGGGUUGCGCACAGGGUUCUCUCAGCCAAACCAACCAAGCGAGCUCCAGGGCAAAAAACAACCUAG